AUGGCCGUGUUGAACUCAAACCCCGAAAUCGUCUUGCGUAAGCGCAAGGACGCCGACAGAAAGCGUGUUGAAAAACAAGAUGCCGCCAGAGUACGCAUGGAAAAGAAAGGCCGCAAGGUCGCCGUGCCCGGGGAGAAGUUCCUCAGAGCCGAGGUCCUAGCCUCCAGAGCCACGGCCAACAAGAUCGAGGGCAAGAGAUUGGAGAAUAUCUUGAAGCACGAGCAAGCCAAGGCCGCCAUUUCCGCCCAGAAAGAGACCCCUGCCAAGUUGGCCUUCAUCAUCAGAACCGAGAAACAGAACAAGGCUGUGAGCAUCCCCACCAAAGCCCUCAAUGUCUUCAAGGUCUUGCGUUUGGACGAACCCAACAUGGGGGUCUUUGUGAAGUUGACGCCUACUAUCGAGCCUGUGUUGAAGCUCAUCUCCCCGUUCAUUGUGGUGGGCACUCCGUCCUUGGCCUCUGUGCGUCAUCUAUUUCAAAAGAGAGCCUGCAUUCCUUCUUCCGAAGACGACCAGUCCCCCUCCAAGUUGGACAACAAUCAGGCUGUCGAAGACAAGUUUGGCGAUGACUUGGGGUUCAUCUGUAUCGAGGACCUCAUCCAUGAAAUCACAUCGUUGGGAGACAACUUCAAGGCCGUGACCCUGUGGUUGGCUCCUUUCAGUUUGACUGCCCCAGUCAAUGGAUGGAGUCCUUUGGCCAAGUUGGCCAAGAUGAGAUACCAGGAGGAGAACAAGAAAGCGACUACAUUGGCCGGCCACGCGAAAUUGGAGGAGAUCGACAUUGACAAAUUCAUCGAGGAGCAAAAUUGA